CGAACUAGCAGAUACUGUGUACUGUCUGCUCUGAUUAUCCACUGAACAUAAUGAGGGCUUUCUACAUUGUGCUCCCUCUGCUGAUAUCUGGAUCAUGUAAGGAACACAUGUAUGCUGUACAUAACCAUUUUAUUUUCAGGCAUUAUACAUUACAGAUUCCUCAUAAAUUGUUAUAUUUGUUUCUUUUACAGAUGUUCUUUCCCAGACAGUUACUCUGGACCAACCUGGAUCUGCAGUUGUGAAACCCUCUGAAACCCUGAAAAUCCCAUGUAAAGUCUCAGUGUCUGUUACUAGUGCUACCUGGCACUGGGUCAGACAGAAAGCAGGGUCAGCACUGGAAUAUAUUGGGUAUAUUAAUAGCGGUGGGGGCACAGGCUAUGCCUCGAUCUUCCAAGGAAAAGUCACUUUCACCAGAGACACAUCAAAAAAUGAACUUUACUUUGAAAUGCCAAAUAUGAGAAGUGACGAUUCUGGGACAUAUUACUGUGCGAGACACACUGUGACCGAAGGAAAUCAAAACUCGUUAUAA